AUGUCUCGAGCGAUGCGAAGUCCGAAAUGUUCGGCGGAAAGCAGGAGUUUAACAACAUUGUUGAGCGUAGUCCAGUUGUUGUCUGAUGCGCCAUUUAUGGUCAGUUUCUCGGAUAUGGAGACCCUGUUAGCGGCUGGUCAGGCGAGUGCGAAAGUGAGGCUUCCUUUACGUUCUUCGAUUUUAUGUCCGUAUAUGCUCGAGUCUUCUUUCCCUGCUGGAACCUAUACGGAGAGAAAUAAGGGCCUGAUUGUUAACUGUGGAGAGAUGGAGGAGAUGUUAUCGAUAGUGGCUCGGGACGUAUCUCGGGAAAAAAUAAAUUGGUGGUGUCGACGACUGAGCAAAGGUCAUGUGGUCGUAGGUGACUUUGGGAUCAAGAACAGUAAUGGCGAAAAGUUGGUCGCAGUUGUGCCCUUUAAGACGACGCAGAGUGUCUUAAAGAAACAGCUGCACGGCAAUAAGCUCGUAUUCCAUGCUUUGGGAUCGCAGAGGACACAAAAUACAAGGCUGAGCCUGCGGACCAAGGAACAGGAAGGCGAGCUGCCGGUAACCUCGUCAGGGAUCGUUGCACUUCUGGAUCAUGCAUUCACAUUAGAUUCCCGCCUCAACCGCUCAGAAAAUCUGCCCUGUUCGGGUCUUACUAUCAUUGCGCCGGUGCUGGACUACGCAAUGAGCAGCAUGAUGAAACAUCCCGAUCCUAGCCGGACGGUCCGUCUUGAAAACAGUGAGCUACACUGGCGAGUACGGGACGCCCAAAUAUGGCCGUUGGAAAUGCUGAAACUGUCAGAAAACCGACAGUUCGUUUGCGACUUAGAAAAGACAGAAAAAGAACUUAUUACGAACCAACUACGGGACAAGAGAAAGCGCCAGUCGUUGUCCAGGUGUCCCAAACUUCGUGACCACAUCUCCAUCGCCGGCUGGGAUGCGGAGUCCUACCGUGCUGACGCCCUCAACUUACACCGUUUUGCUUCUGCUUGUCUCCGAUGGGUCGUGCCCAAUUCGUCUCUUCAAUCCGCCCUCGUUGAAGCCCUCAACGAGUGUUGGGACGACCCUAACAAGGCGACCGACCUGUUCCACCACAUCAUCUUUUCUGAAUAA